UCCACACUCUCACUCUCCAUUUAAGAAGAAAAACACAAGAACAUUGAAGACAUCACAGAAUGCAUAGAAAAACUUGUUACAACAACUAAGUUACUAACCAAAACAUUCUCAUUCAUUCUCUGUAAUGGCUACUACUACUUCAUCAAUCUACUUCAUUUUCUAUCUUUCCUCCUUCUUCUCAUUCUUCAUCUUUACUUCUUCUUUACAAGAAACAGAAAUUCUUCUCACUUUCAAAAACUCCAUUCAAGACCCAAGUAAUUCUCUCUCUACAUGGUCUAAUAAUUCACUUACCCAUUUUUGUAACUGGGUUGGAAUAACUUGCUCAACCAAAACCCCUCCAUCAAUCACUUCUCUGAAUCUUCAAAAUCUUAAUCUUUCAGGCCAAAUCUCUUCUUCAGUCUGUAAACUUCCGAAUCUUUCUCAUUUAAAUCUUGCAAAUAAUGUCUUUAAUCAACCCAUUCCUCUUCAUCUUUCACAGUGUAGUUCUUUACAAUCACUUAAUCUUAGUAAUAAUCUCAUAUGGGGAACUAUUCCAGAUCAAGUUUCUUUGUUUAGUUCUCUGAAAGCUCUUGAUGUUAGUAAGAACCACAUUGAAGGUAAGAUUCCUGAUAAUCUUGGAAAUUUAAAGAAUUUAGAAAUACUCAACUUGGCUAGCAAUUUAUUUACAGGUAAUCUUCCUUCAUAUGUUUUUGGUAAUCUCACUGAACUUAUUGUUCUUGAUUUAUCUGAAAACCCUUUCCUUUCAAGUGAAAUACCUGUUGAGAUUGGGAAGUUUGGGAAACUCAAGCAGCUUUUGUUACAGAAAUCUGGUUUUUAUGGUUUAAUUCCUGAUUCUCUUGUGAGUUUACAUGGGUUAGAAAUUUUAGAUCUUUCGCAGAAUAACUUAACUGGUGUGAUUCCUCCUGGACUUAGAUUGAGUCUACAAAAUUUGGUAUCUUUAGAUGUUUCACAGAAUAAACUAUCUGGGUCAUUUCCAACUGAUGCCUGCAAGGGAAAAGGACUUAUAAACUUAAGUUUACAUACAAAUUCCUUCACGGGUUUAGUAUCCGAAGCUCUUGAAGAAUGCUUGAAUCUUGAGAGAUUUCAAGUUCAGAACAAUGAGUUUAGUGGGGAUUUUCCUAAGCAACUUUGGUCGUUGCCGAAAAUCAAGCUAAUUAGAGCAGAGAACAAUAGGUUUUCAGGUGAAAUAGCUGAUUCAAUUUCUGAGGCUGCUAACUUAGAGCAAGUGCAGAUUGAUAACAACAAAUUUACUGGUGUAAUUCCUCGAGGUCUUGGUUUGGUUAAGAGUUUGUACAGAUUUUCUGCAUCAGUUAAUAGUCUAUAUGGUGAUCUUCCUCUAAAUUUUUGCGACUCUCCUGUAAUGAGUAUCAUUAAUCUUUCACACAAUUUGAUCUCCGGGAGAAUUCCCCAGCUUACAAAAUGUAGAAAACUAGUCUCUUUAGCUUUAGCUGAUAAUAAUCUUGUUGGAGAAAUCCCGACUUCUCUAGCUCACUUACCAGUUCUAACAUACCUCGAUCUUUCCGAUAAUAAUAUCACUGGUCCUAUUCCACAAGAGCUACAGAAUCUUAAGCUUGCACAAUUCAACGUAUCUUACAAUAAGCUUUCUGGUAAGGUUCCAUUAUCCCUUAUUUCUGGUCUUCCUGCUUCAUCCCUGGAAGGAAACCCUGAUCUCUGCGGACCUGGUUUACCAAAUUCUUGUUCUGAUGAGAACGGUAAACCACCUGCUCGGCACUCCAAGUUGGCCUACAUACUGAUAAUGGUGGCUUUUGCUGUUGGUAUCAUGGUUUUUGCUACUAUAUUAACAACAAUGUACUGGUCGUCUAACAGAAAAUCCCGUCGAAGUAACUGGAAUUCUGUGUUUUUCUAUCCUUUAAAAAUUACUGAAGACGAUAUAAUGAGGGUAAUUGAUAGCAAGGUUGCAUUGCAAGGCAGAGGAACGUUCGGGGGUGUUCACGUUAUCCAAUCACCUAGUGGUGAAUUCUUUGCGGUAAAGAAGUUGAUGAACAAUGGUUCUCUGUCCUUAAAAAAAUUGAAAGCUGAGAUGAAGACAUUAGCUAAGAUCAGACAUAAGAACAUCACUAAAUUGCUUGGUUUUUUUCUGUUGGAGGAUUCAGUCAUUUUGAUAUACGAAUUUGUACCGAUGGGAAGUCUAGGAGAUUUAAUUUGCAAAUUAGAUACUCGACUAGAAUGGGGUGUUAGGUUGAAGAUUGCCAUUGGAGCUGCUCAAGGAUUAGCUUAUCUUCAUAAAGAUUAUGUCCCACAGUUACUGCAUAGGAACAUUAAAUCAAGAAACAUUCUUUUGGAUUCAGAUUUUGAACCAAAACUUACUGAUUAUGCACUUGACCGAGUAGUUGGAGAAAUCGGCUAUCAGGCAACCGUUACUCCAAACAUGACUUCUUCUUGUUAUAUGGCACCAGAACAAAGUUGCAGUAAGAAAGCUACUGAGCAAAUGGAUGUCUACAGCUUUGGUGUUGUGUUGUUAGAGCUAGUAACAGGUCGGAAUGCUGAAGUAACACAAGCAGAAGAUUCGUCUAUAGAUGUUGUGAGAUGGGUUCGAAGAAAAAUCAACACUACAAAUGGAGCAGGUCAAGUUCUAGAUCCUAAAAUCUCAAAUUCAUUCAAUAAAGAGAUGUUGGAUGUUCUAGAUAUUGCUCUUCUUUGCACUUGUGUUGUGCCUGAGAAAAGGCCGGCAAUGUCUGAAGUCGUAAGAUCACUUCAGUCACUAGAUUCCAGGACUCAAUUCUCAAGUACAUUUUGUAGUGAAACUGAAUUAUCUACUCCAUCCAAGAGUUCAGUCCAAAACAGAAAUUAAUGUAGAAGAAAGAAUUACCCUUUUCCUUCUCAUUUUUCUGGCUCAAACUCGAGUUCUAAGAAUAGUUCAUUUCUGGUCUUUUUGUUUGUUUAUGUCUACUCAAUGGUAGGGCAAUCCUUGUCUGACAUUGAUUCAUAGUAAAUUCAGCAUUACCUGUUUACUUAGAUGUUGGCGGUCCCUUCAUCAAUCAAUUACAUGAAGACAACUCUGUAUCAAUUAUCAAUUAUAUUGGAUGUGGUUAUGGCCCGUCGGCCCCUUGUUUGGUGUUUUAGAAUCGACUGCCCGGGAGGAUAAUCUAAACAGGGAAUUGAUAAUUUUCACAAGAAAAAAAAAAAUUCAACUCUUGCGGUGGUGUCUUGUGAGUUCCCGGGUGCAAGGGUAACUACGAGUUGCAUGUGUGCAGACAAAGUGAGCUGAACUAGCAUCGAAGUUUUAAGGGUUACUAGAUUUUGUGCCCGUGCUUCGCACCGGGCAUAGUAAAUUUCUUCCUGAAUUGUUUCUGGUAGUUUUGCGGUCCAUUUUUCUUUUAAUCCCUUUGAACAAUACUGAUAAAGAUACUUCGUUGCA